AUGAAGUCUUAUGUGAUGUCAUUCCAAAGCAAGUUUUCCACUUAUUUCUUGGUAGUCCAUGGUCAAUAUGAUAAGUCUACCAAGCAUGAUGGUAUGUCAAACAAGUACUCACUUAAGCAUGGUGGUAAAAUAUUCACACUUCAACCACUUUCACCAUCUCAAGUGAAUGAGUUGACCCAAAAAUUACAGGAACUAAAAGAAAAUAGGGAGAAGGGAAAGGAACCCAAGAGUUUGACUUGUGGUGAGGCCUUGGGUUCCAAAAAAUUAAAUGGUGAGGUCUCAGAUUCUAGGGUUUCUAAGGAUAAUGGACCAAUGGUUAUGUUGUCUAGGAGCAAAGACUUGUUCAAGGAUCAAGACAUUGACAUUCUGAUUCUCCUCCUAGCCCAUACACUUAACACUAACCAUUUUUCUUCUUUUUCUACUUAUCUUCCCCUUUAUAUUUCACUUAUUUUGUGGGAGUUUGAUGAUGUUUUCCCAGAAGAAUUGCCUCAAGGAUUGCCCCCAAUUCGGGGAAUUGAGUACCAAAUUUAUUUUGUGUUUGGUUCACAACUUUCCAAUAAACCAGCUUAUAGAAGCAAUCGUACAGACACUACAGAGCUUGAGAGGCAAGUUGAGGAGCUCCUCAAUAAAGUCUACAUCAAAGAAAGUAUGAGCUUGUGUGCUGUACCAGUGCUCUUGGUACCAAAAACUGAUGGAACAUAG